AUGCGCGCCAUUGAGGGUGGAUAUUCCAACUUUGAUUCGCCCGACAAUCCUGCCGCUGUCUACCAACGCGGGCAGACAGUGCGGAUGAAGUAUACGCGCAAUAACCACGGGCCCGGUGGGUUCAUCCGUCUCACGCUCGUCGCACCGGAGAAAAUGAUGGACAAGAACGCACACGCCAAAAACGCCUUCUAUUACACGUGCUGGGGCGCCAACCCGCAGGCCGCGGCCGCGAACGAGAUGGAGGCUGAUCAAUUCGGCUUCAGCUUCGUCGGAAGUGAUGGAGAGCAGCACUCGCACCCGAAGGGCUACUACGUGAUGGACGUGAAGAUCCCGAGCGUGGUGCCGGACGGCAAGUACGUGCUAGGGUGGGUGUGGUAUGGCGGCGGCGGCGGCUCAGCCGAGGGCAACGUCCAGCAGGAGCCUACGCCCUAUGGGUAUUUUGGCGACUACUGGUCGUGCUCGUAUGUCGAGAUCAGCGGCGGGUCCGCGCUGGAAUCGCGACACACGCCGGUGUUUAACAAUGAUAUGAGUGGAUAUUCGGACGUCGGGUGCAUGUCGGCCAACGACGCACCAGGUGUGUGCUCGUACGAGCCGUGCAGGGUGGAUUCGGAAUACCAAGCCCCGCGGCCUUUCAAGGAUGGAAACGUGCCGGAAGACCUGACGCCGGAGCAGUUUGGUGGGGUGUCUCCCGCUGGUAGAGACGCCACGCCUCCGGCAGAGACCGUGACGCCGAUGGAUGCAUCUGCGUCGGAGAACAUGACACUUACGCCGACGCCCCCGGCAGAGAGCAUGGCGCCAAUGCCGACGCCCGCGGCAGAGAGCAUGGCGCCAAUGCCGACGCCAGCAACAGAGAGCGUGACGCCGAUGGGAACCGCUGAGGCGGAGUAUAUGGCACCAAUGGCGACAGGUGAGGUGACGGUGGACAGGGACGGAACCUCGGGGGAAGGGGAGAUGGGAAGCUCACUGGACGAGAUGAUGGUAGUCGGAAAGCGGGCGUGCCGGUGCUUGGUGGCGGGGGAGAGGUGUUGGCGCAAGCUAGCGGGGCUGACGGGCGGGAGGUGCGUGCAGAACUACGCCGCGGAGAUGCAACCGGAGGCGUGCGGAGAGGCUUGCUGCUUGUACUGCGCGGAGGGGAGGAAGGGAAGCAGGUGGCUGUGCGCCAAGGAGGAGGUGGGGGCGGUUUGUAGAAUAUAG